GUAAUCAAUGUUUUUGUAGUCAGUGUCUUAAAUUCAUUGUGAUAUUUUAGUGGUAAAUUUGUAAAUACAGUACAGUAGAGUAUCACUUAUCCAAAAUAAACGGGCCGGCAGAAUGUUGGAUAAGCGAAUAUGUUGGAUAAUAAGGAGGCAUUAAGGAGAAGCCUAUUAAACAUCAAAUUAGGUUAUGAUUUUACAAAUGAAACACCAAAACAUCAUUUUAGACAACAAAUUUGGCAGAAAAAGUAGUUCAAUACACAGUAAUGCUAUGUAGUGAUUACUGUAUUUAUGAAUUUAGCACCAAAAUAUCACAAUGUAUUGAAAACAUUGACUACAAAAAUGGCUUGGAUUAUCCAGAACGUUGGAUAAGCGAGGCUUGGAUAAGUGAGACUCUACUGUAAUUACUACAUAGCAUUACUACACAUGUAACUACUUUUUCUGCCAAAUUUGUUGUAUAACAUGAUGUUGUAGUGCUUAAUUUGUAUAAUCAUAACCUAAUUUGAUGUUUAAUAGGCUUUUCCUUAAUCUCUUCUUAUUAUCCAACAUAUUCGCUUAUCCAACGUUCUGCCGGCCCAUUUAUGUUGGAUAAGUGAGACUCUACAGUAGAGACUCUACUGUAGAGUCUCUGCUGUACUUAAACAGUUCUCAAGUAUAGCAUGAAAAGGAAUAAUGCUCAAAUGCUUGGUCCAUAACCAGGUCUAGCAAGGCUAUUCCAUGCUAACCAUCAUUUUUUGAUUAUCCAACGCUCUGCUGGCCCGUUUAUGUGGGAUAAAUGAGACUCUACUGUUCUUGGAUGGAGCUGCAGGCUGUAUUUCUGCUGUGUUGUCAUAAGCUAAAAGUUGUUCUGCGUCAGUCCCCUUCCUUAUAUGACGAGUUGGGUUUCUUAGCAGAAAAUGUCAAGCAAGAAGAAGCCAUCGGGAGCAUUUCAUCGUAAAAGGAGGUUGCAGCAUAGCCAAGAAGAUAAGAGUCAAGCUAAAGCAUUAAAAAGGUUUUUCACGACUUCACCAUCAUGCCAGACAGGAAAGCCAGAGACAACUAAAUUGACUGAAUCAGAUCAUGCUGAUGACGGAAAGAUACCAAUCUCAGAGCCUCUACCAGGACCAUCAACCAGUCAAGACCUUCUCACUGCAACUUCAGCAAUACCAUUACCACCUUCCUGUAUUGGCAUUACUGGGACUGACACUGAAGAUGUGGAUGAGGAUUCAUUAAGAGAUGCAGCCCUGCCAUCUACUAGUCGGCAAGCUAUUGAAUCGGAACAAAGAAGAGACCCUUUGUUAUUUCUUUCCAAUGAUUGUGGAGAGUGGCCACUCAAAAUAACUGAUGAGGCACGGAAAAUAAUUGUUGAGCGAGGACCACAGCAAGUCAGAGGCAUAAAGUUUCCUAAGGACAUUCAUGGCAGAAAAUUUUCCCCAUUUCAUUAUUCAAGGAAGUUGUGUAAUGGAGAGCGUGUCAACAGAUAUUGGCUACAGUAUUCUGUAUCUAAAAAUGCAGUGUUUUGUAUUACUUGCAAAAUUUUUGGAAACGACACAUCCAGUCUUGCAGGUAGCCAAGGGUUUUCUAACUGGCGGAACUUGAGCAGGCUUUUGAGCGGUCACGAGAAAUCCCGUCCUCAUAUGGAAAACCGUUCAUCUUGGCGUGAGCUCUCGCAACGUUUGCAUUUAAACAAAACUAUUGAUGCAGAGCAUGAAAGACUUAUUAAUGCUGAAAUUAAACAUUGGGAUCAAAUUCUGAAACGCUUGCUAUGUGCUACACGGUUUUUGGGGGUUCAAGGAUUGCCAUUUAGAGGGACAAAAGAUGUUCUAUUUGAACCUAAUAAUGGCAACUUUUUAAAAUUGAUAGAACAUAUAGCACAGUUUGAUGAUCCGAUGGCUGAACAUGUGAGAAGAAUCACUUCCAAAGAAACACAUGUCCACUAUUUGAGUAAAAAUGUCCAGAACGAGUUUAUUUCUUUCUUGGCAGGCAAGGUCCAGAAUAAUAUUUUGGAACAACUACAUGAGGCAACAUAUUAUUCUAUUAUAUUGGACUGCACACCAGAUAUUAGCAACACCGAACAAAUGACGUUGGUGGUUAGAUUUGUUACAUGUAAAGAAAAUGAAGAUAUCUUGAUUAAGGAACAUUUUUUAGGCUUUGUUCCUGUUGCCAGUCCUUCAGGUGAAGGUAUGACAGAAAUAUUACUCCAUGAGUUGGAAGCACGACGUAUUCCAUUAAAAAACAUGAGAGGCCAGGGAUAUGAUAAUGGUUCUGCAAUGAAGGGAAAACAUGUUGGAGUCCAGAGGAGGAUCCUUGAUUUAAAUCCUAGAGCCUUUUAUGUACCAUGUGGAAACCACUCCCUGAACUUGGUCAUAAAUGAUGCAGCUAUGUCUUGCAAGAUUGCAGCAGACUGUUUCGCCACCGUACAAGACCUCUAUAACCUUUUUUCAGGUUCCCCAGUAAGAUGGGGUACUUUGUUGAAGCAUGUUUCAACUCUCACACUCAAACCACUUAGCAGUACUAGGUGGGAAAGUAGAAUCGAAGCAUUGUUGCCUUUGAGGUUCCAUAUUGAAGAAGUAUAUGAUGCCGUAUAUGAAGCUUCUCAUGAUCAGAAAUUUGAUGGACUCUGUAGGAGCCGUGCUGGUGCUCUUCUUAAAAGACUGCAAAGCUUCACAUUUCUGUGCAGCAUAGUGACAUGGCAUGAGAUCCUGCACAAGAUAAAUAUUGUUAGUAAACAGUUGCAAAAAGUGUCAAUCGAUCUUCAAAAUUCUAUGGCUCUUAUUAAGAGUGUGAAAAGUUUUCUAGAAAGGAUGAGAUCUGAAGAAGGUCUAAAUAGCAUCAUUACAGAUGCAAAGGAACUGGCAGAAAAAAUCGAUGCUACUGCCGACUUUGAAAACGAACAGGAAGCUCGACCGAGAAAAGUAAGCAGACAAUUUUCGUAUGAAUGUAAAGAUGAAGCUGUACAUUCUGGCAAAGAGUCUUUUAAAGUGAACUUUUUUUUUGUUGUGCUUGACACAGCAAUAUCCUCAUUAAAGGAGAGAUUUCAGCUAAUGGACAACCAUAGUGGAAGUUUCAAAUUUCUGUAUGACAUUUCAAGCCUUGGGAAAUGUUGGAAUGAAAAAGAAUUGAAGUACGCCUGUCAACGCCUUGAAACUGUUUUGACAGAUGGAGAAGACCACGAUGUGAAUGCUGGUGAUCUGUAUACAGAGCUACAAUUACUUGCAGAUAUGCUUCCCCCUGGAAGUCUCCCAGCUGAUGCCUUGUCUUUUAUAAAUCAUGGUUCGGAGGAUGUUUUCCCAAAUGUCUACACUGCAUUGAGAAUUCUGUUAACACUUCCAAUAUCCGUGGCCAGCGGUGAAAGGAGUUUUUCAAAAUUGAAACUUAUAAAAAAUUACUUAAGAUCUACUUUGAGUCAAGAGCGCUUGAGUGGACUAUCAACCUUGGCCAUUGAAAAUAGCUUGUUGGAUGACAUGGACACAGAUUCCCUAGUACAUGAGUUUUCCAAAUUGAAAGUCAGAAAAAUCAGGUUUUAAUUUUUACAAGUGUUCAAGUUAAUUUGUGUUAAGGAAAACUGGAUGUUAAAAAAUUGAAAUUGUUGCAAAGUUUAUUAAAAUAUUUAUUUAUUAAAUUAUUAUUAUUAUUAUUUGUGUUAAGGAAAACUGGAUGUUAAAAAAUUAAAAUUGUUGCAAAGUUUAUUAAAAUAUUUAUUUAUUAAAUUAUUAUUAUUAUUAUUUGUGUUAAGGAAAACUGGAUGUUAAAAAAUUAAAAUUGUUGCAAAGUUUAUUAAAAUAUUUAUUUAUUAAAUUAUUAUUAUUAUUAUUAUUAUUUAUUAAGAUUGGAGUUAAUUCUAUGUAAUGUUACUAUAUGAACAUAAUGUUGUUAAUAAACUUCUGGUUGUAAGGAAAACUCUUUUAUCCAUUCUAUUCACCUCUACCUUCUACCUUUUAUUUCUCGGUGAUUGGGGGUUUUUUUGGGGGGGGGGCACCAAAAUCCUGUUUCGCUUACACUUGAAAAUUUCCUUGGGCCGGCCCUGUUCAGCCCCUUCUUUUGCUAGGCAUUCAUUCUUUCCCUCAUUUACUUUUUUGCUACCCAACCACAAUAUGUUAUCUUUGAUUUCUGAAUGUCAUGUCUUUUCCCUUUUAAAUCCAUUUGUUUCUGUUUCCUCCCAUUUAUUUAUUCCAUGUUCCCUUUGAAUUUGCACCCCCCUCUCCUUAAAUUGUUCACUUUAUCUCAUAUAUCUCUUUUUUCCCUAUGCUUUAAAACCUCCUCUCAUGUGGAAUUUCCCCAACUGACCAUAUUAAUCUUUUUGCCAUAUGCAAAAUAUUAUCUUUGUACUGUCCUUUUAUUUUCCCUCUUGUCUAAUUUCCAACCUCUUUCAAAUUUCUAAAUCACUAAAAUAAUUUAUCUGUACUACUGUGACCUCUUUCUUUUAAUUCUUUGAAAUCUUUGAAAUUCUUUGAAAUCUGUCUUCUGUCUAAUAUGUCUCUAUACUGAUUUCUCCACCUAAAGCUUCCAACAAUUUAAUUCUUUCUUCAGGCAAAAGCAUGUACAUACAUGGCAUCCUUUAGAAUCUUUCUAGUAUCUUUAAUAAGACAUCUACACAUAUCCCCUUUGUAAUCACAGUUUUGUAGCAUUCUUUUUGUAAACAGAACCACAGAAGUGGGGGGUUAGAAAGCUCGACCACCCAAAAUGUUCAGUGUAAGAAUCCACUGUUAAAUCAUCCCUGGGUGUAUCUACAUUGUAGAAAUAAAUGCAACAUGACACCACUUUA